CCGAAGCAACGGAGAAGCGCAAGACAGAGAAAUUCAGAGAAUCCCCCCAAAAAAAGAAAAGAAAAACAGGGACAGAGAAGGAUGAAGAACAACCUCCUUUGAGAUUAUUAACAUACGGAGGUCCAAGAGCUCCAUUCCUCUAUCUCUAUUUCUCUCUCUCUAUCCCACACGCGCUAUCUCGGCUGUGACAUCCAUGCGGCGUGGACGGACCGUAGAUCCAGCGACCGCAGGUAAAACAACGUUCGAUCAUGAGGCUAAAUCUAAGGAUGUUAAAUUCAGAGGCGUGCGGAAGAGGCCGUGGGGACGAUACGCGGCCGAGAUCCGAGAUCCGUGGAAGAAAACCAGGGUCUGGCUGGGGACGUUCGACUCGGCGGAGGACGCGGCCCGGGCAUACGAUACCGCGGCGUUGUCGCUGCGGGGGCCCAAGGCGAAGAUCAAUUUCCCGGUGACCGGCGCUCAAAUGGCCGAUUUUCGGGUCCGAGACGAGGGGAGGGUUUCGGCCGGUUCGGGGAGGUUGAACGGUCCGGUUCAACGACACGCGGCGAGGCCGACGACGAGUAGUAUGAGCAGCACGGUGGAGUCCUUCAGUGGGCCACGGGUGGCGGCGGCGGUGGUGGCGGCCCCCCCAAGGGUGAAGGUUGCACCAGUACCGCCCGUGCACCCGGCAGCACCCGAUGACUGCCGCAGCGACUGCGACUCCUCGUCUUCGGUCGUCGACGACAACAAUGACAACGAUUGCGUGCUCACCUCGUCGUUUCGGAGGAGCAUCCUGCCGUUCGAUCUCAACCUCCCGCCUCCGAUGGACGGCGAUGAUUCCGAUCUUCAUGCCACGGCUCUGUGUCUCUGAAUCAACGGUCACUUUUUCUAUUUCCAUCGACGUUUUUUUUUUUUUUUUUUUUUUUUUCCAUCUUAUUUUCUCGAGGAAAAAAAAAUCGAUAAUUGGGAUUUUGUUCUUUUUUUCAAAUUCUAAAAUCCAACUUUGUGUUAGAUUAUUAUGUAAGAGUAGUUGUAAUUUUGGUUGCUAUGCGAUCUGGGGAUUUCUUCAA